AUGUGGGAUCUGUCCCCUUUCAGGCGGAUCAGGUGGGAUCUGCCCCCAGACCUGUGGGAUCUGCUCCUUCCCAUGCCUGGAGGGAGCAGUGGAUCGGGUGGGAUCUACCCCUGGACCGCCAGGGGUGACGGGGACCCCCAGGACGCCGUGUACCUGCCGGCGGAGCUGGCGGUGCUGGGCGUGCCGGAGCAUUACCGGCUGCAGCGGGCAGACCGGGACCUGCCCGCCAACACCUCCCUGCUCUCCCGCACCGAGACCUUCCUGCUGCUGCCCCCCGGGGGUCCCGCCCGGCCCCUCCUCCAGGCCACCUACCCCCCCUUCAGCACCCGGCAGGAGGUGCCCCCCGAGAGCCCCCCGGGAAGGGGGGGCUGGGCCAUCCGGGCCGUGUCCCUGGAGGGCGCCGUGUCCCCCGCCGAGCCCUUCGCCCGCGUCCUCUUCCACCUGCAGGGGCCUGACUGGCUGCCCGGGCGCUGGGACCACCCUGGGGUGAGGGACCACCCUGGGGUGAGGGACCACUCUGGGGAGCGAGAGCAGCCCAGGCAAAGGGACCGCUCUAGGGAAUGGGACCCCCCUGGGCAACGGGACCACCCCAAGGAGCGGGACCACCCCAAGGAGUGGGACCACCCCAAGGAGCAGGACCACCCCAGGGAGCAGGACCCCUCUGGGCAGCAGGACCACCUUAGGGAUCAGGACCUACCCUGCGUCACCCUCCACGCCCACCACCGUGGCCGGGUGGCCCGUGGCACGUGUCACCUGCAGGCACCCCUGGGCGCCUGCGUGGUGGAGCUGGAGAUCCCCCAACGCUGGUUCUCCACGGUGUCCCCCACCCCACGCCGGGCAGCCGAACCCCCCGAGCCCCCCGAACCUGUUGAGCUCCACUACGGCGUGGUGGGACCAGGAGAGUGUGGCCGUGCCGAGCGGGGCCGUGCUGGGGACGCGUCCCGGCUCCUGGGGACGCUGGAGCUGCGGGGGGCCGAGCCGGCGCGGCGCCAGGAGGUCCGGCUGGAUGACAAGGUGCUGCUGCGUGUCCCCGACGCCACCUUCCUCCCGGGACAGCGCUUCACUGCCACCUUGGCCCUGCGACACAACUUCACUGCUGACCAGCUGACGCUUCGGAUCAAGGCGAAGAAGGGGCUGCAGGUGGUGGCCGCCCGGCCCGUGUCCCCCGGGGCCUGGAGCGUCCAGCUGGAGCGUGUCCGGGGUCCCAAGCACUCCACGGCCGUGGUGACCUGCCGGAGGAGCGGGGACGACCGCGGUGACGGGAGGGUGAUGGCUCCGGUCCCGUUCCUGCACCUGGAGGUGGGGGUGGAGAACGGGACGGGGGGGGCGGCUCCGGGGCGGCCCCUCACCUGGCAGGUGGAGUAUCCCGGCCAGGAUCCCGAGGCCCAGAAGGACAAACUGGUUUGGGAAAUCCAAGUGUCAGAGCGGGACAUCCGAGCCCUCGUCCCACUGGUGCAGGAGCUGGAGAUCCUGAACACGGCCCCGCUGACCGGGAUCCCCCGCUCCGUACCGGUCAAACUGGUGACAGUGGAAGUGGGGGGCAAAGUGACCGAGCUCCCUGACCCCCCCGGCUGUGAGUCGGCUGACAAGCAGGUGCUCCAGGUGUCGGAGGGCUGUGACGCCGUGUUCGUGGGGGGCAAGGAGAGGAGGGGGGCGCGGGGGGCACGGGUGGAUUUCUGGUGGCGGCGGCUGCACGUGUCCCUGAGCUUCACCGUCUGGGCCCCGCUCCUGCCCCUGCGCGUCCAGCUCGGGGACACCACCCUGCAGCAGCUCAGGGGCUGGCGCCUACCUGGGGGGCCCGAGAGCCCCCCGGCAGAGGGUCCCGGGGACGAGGCGGAGCGGCGGGCGCGGAGCUGCCGCCCCCGGUACCAACGGACGGCGCUGAGGGUCCUGGCCCACUUCGUCGCCCACCCCCCCGAUGGUGGCCGUCACCUCGCCUACCUGCCCGGCCCCGAGUGGCUCCUGGAUGUCACCCCCUUGGUGGCCCACCAGACCCGGGUGCAGGACCCCCGGGUGGCCUCGCUGGAGGGGGGCACCGUGGUGGUGGGGAGAGAGCCGGGGGUCACCUCUGUGGAGGUGCGCUCCCCCCUCUCAGCCUCCCUCCUGGGGGAGCAGACGCUGGUGGUGUCGGAGGAGAAGGUGACAGUGACGGAGCUGCGGGGACAGGCGGUGUCGGGGCUGUCCCUGUCCCUGCGGGCACAGCCGGCUCACCCCGGCGUGGUCACUGUCACCGCCCAGGGGACAGCCACCCUGCGGGCCCCCAAGCAGGAGGCCACGCUGUCCGUCUGGCUGUCCUUCUCCGACCACACGCUGGCCCCGCUGGAGCUGUACGGCUGGCAGGACAACACCCUGACUGUCACCUCCCUCGACCCCGCCGUGGUCACCGUCGGGGGCUCUCCCGGUGUCCCCACCGCUCGCCCCUGGGUGGUGGCCGAGGGCUGGGGGCGGGGGGCUCUGCUGCAGCUCAGCCUCCACCCCCCGGACACGUGUCGCCGGGGUCGGCACCGGGCGGCCCCGUUGGCCACCGGCACCGCUUGGCUGGAGGUGGGGACCAAGCAGGGUGUCCCCGCCUCUGGUAGCCCCCGUGGUGGCCACCCCCGGGCCAGCUCGCCCUUCCCACGGGCUGAAGGGGCCAUGUCGGGGGAGACGGUGACGGCGGCCAGCGAGCCACGGCGCAGGGUCCCUGCUGGUGUGGGACCCGCCUCCACCAAGCUCCAAGGGUUGGGGUCUUCCGAGGAGGGGGAGGAGGAAGAGGAGGAGAUGGAGGAUGAAGGUUACGGCCGUGGCCGCGGUGGUGGGGAGGAAGAGGAGGAGGAAGAUGAGAUGGUGAAGGCUCCCGAGCGCGUGACCGACCUGGAGAUCGGCAUGUACGUCCUGCUGGGGGUCUUCUGCUUGGCCAUCUUCAUCUUCCUGGUCAACUGCAUCUUCUUCGUCUUGAGGUACCAGCAGAAGGAGGUGCCGGAUGGGGGGGCCCCUUCCUCAGCCCCCCAACCCCACAACUGGGUUUGGUUGGGGACCGACCAGCAGGAGCUCAGCCGGCAGCUGGACCGGCGACAACCCGAGCCGCCGGCGGCCCCCGAUGGCGGGUGCUGCUGCUCCUCUGAAACGGGGGGUGUCCCCCCUGGGACCCCUACGCCUGGGGCUCCCCUGCCCCGUAAGGAAGGGGGUACACCCGGUGGGGGUGGCCGGAGGAAGAGGGUGGAAUUUGUCACCUUCGCCCCCGCCCGGGUCCCUGAGGAGCCCCCCCAGCCUGUCCCCAAUGUCCAGUCCAUCCUGGUGGCCAGCGAGGACGACAUCCGUUGGGUGUGCGAGGACAUGGGGCUGCGGGACCCCGAGGAGAUCAGGAGCUACAUGGAGAGGAUCCGGGGGAGUUCCUGACCCCAACCCCCUCAUCCCACCACCAAGAGGGGGGGGGGACAAGCCCCCCUCCUCCCCCAGCCCUGGACAAACCAGUAAGGGACCAACCUCCUCCCCGUGUCACCCUUGGUGUGGGGGGACACACAGCAGUCCCCCCCUUCUUGUUCCCGGUGCCAUUCUUGGGGACCACUGCCCAUCCUUCUGGGUGGCCUCAGCUCUGCCACCCGAGGCCCCAGAUCCCAGGUCCCUGCAGAGUGGGGGUCACCACCCAGGUCAGAGCAUCCCCCCGCCUUGGUGGCCUUGGGGACGAAGGUGACCUUACUGCUUUGGGUCUCAUUGCUCCGUUGUGUCCAUAGUGGUGAUGAUGAUGAUGAUGAGUCCUGUGGUCUGAUCUUGGGGAGGGUCCUGUGCCCCCUCCCCCCAGCCCCCCCUCUCUUUACCGUGGGGAGGGGACAGGAGAGGGGGCCACACACCUUGUCCCCGUGUGUGUGUCCCCCCAACACCUUCCACUUCACCCCGUUUUUGUACGGUGACAUUUCCCUCCCCGUGACUCUGGCACCAGGGGCUGGUCAGACCCAGGGGAGAUUUUUAAUUCUGACAUUGUUACAAAAGGAGAAGAAGAAAUAAAAAGUCUUUCCAGAAAAGUCACAUCCUGCUCUGGGGGGAGGGGAGGGGGUGGCACAUCCUUGCCACCUUCCUCCAGGGAUGGGGGGAGGAUGGAGGGGUGGCACUGGGGUGGGGGACACACGCAGCAGGGAGGUGCUGCCAGGCACGGCUGGGUUCCCCUGGGGACAGGGAUGUGCCCUUGAACUUGGUUCCAUGUGGGGACAAACGUGGGUGACGUUGGUUCCAGCUGGGGAUGCAGGUGGGGAGCUGGUCACGGGAUGGGCUCGGUGGCCGCUGCUGGCACUGGCCCAGCCAAGGUGACCUUGGUCCUGCCGUGGGGAAGGGGCUGUCACCUUCCUCCUUCUCGGCCCAUCCAGGGUGACCUUGGGACA